UAUCGGCAGAGGCUAGAGGUCAUCGCGGAGAAGCGGCGGCUGCAGGAGGAGAUCCGGGCGGCGCGGCGCGAGCUGGAGGAGGAAAAACUCCGCGUCGAGCGGCUCAAGAGGAAGUCUCUCCGGGAGCGCUGGCUCAUGGAUGGAGCUGCUGAGGGGCCAGAGCAGCCAGAGGACCCCACCUCACAGGACCUCCAGUCUCCUGAGGAACAGGCUCAGGCUCGCAUCCGGAACCUGGAAGAUAGCUUGUUCACACUCCAGUCCCAGCUGCAGCUGUUGCAAAGUGCGUCCACAGGUGCCCUGCACAAGCUUUCAGGCAGGCCUACCUGGCGAAGACAGGGUCACCGUCCUCUUUCCCAGCUCUGCAUGGAAACAGACCCUGCAGGCCAGACUGAUCCGGACAAGCGAGCCUCCCUGCCAGCUGGGCUAGUGGGCACACCCCCAGAGUUCUCCUCUGAGCAUAGAGAUGAGAUUGUAGAAGUUCCACCAGCCCUAAGGCUGGCCCCCGGGGCAGCAGGGCCUUCCUCAGAAGCCAAUGGCCCCUGCCCAGAACCAAGCUCUCCUUCGAGUCCAGGGGUAGCAGAAUUCAAGGGCAGUGGGGGUGAGACCAAAGGAGGGGGUGUAGUGAAGGUAGUGUGGGAGGGGCUGAGGGCCACAGAGGACUGUGCCACAGAGGCCACAGGCCCAGAGCUGGAGGCGAAGGUUGAGGAGAUGGUGCUAGAGGCCAUCGGGGAAAGGCAGGAAGCCGAUCGUCUAGGGCUCCCAUCCUGGGUGAAAGAGGAGAGAGGGAUUGUGGAGGUGAUCUGGGAAGGAGUUGGGGGCCCGGAGGACAGUAACUCAGAGGCCACAGGGGAGACAGGUAGGGGACCAGAGGCUGUGCCAACCAGCUCACCAAGAAUCCAGGAGGGAAUAGAGGAAGCAGCUUCUCAUGAGGGGGAUGGUGCCUCCAGGAGCAGCCCUGAUGGUGACAAGCAAGGAGGCUCUGGAGGAGUAGAGGGGUCAUUCAUUUGGGUGGAAAGAGUGACCCUCACUGAGGAAUGGGAGGAGCUGCAGGUAGAGGGGGUGGGAGGACCAAGGGUGACAGGCAGGGAGGGAGGAGAUGAGAGUUCUCUGGGGGCAGAGGAGAGAGGAGUGGAAGAAAGCUGGGAGGUGGAGAAGAGCCUAGCAGAGCAAUCUGGGGAAAAGGGAAAUGAGAAAAAGGCAGGGACCGAGUGGGAAGGGGAGGAGGGGUUGCUGGUGGGAAGUGAGGAAACUUUGCAGCUGGAGAGGAGAAGAGAUGAGGAACCACUGUCCAUAGAAAGAAAGGAAGUGGCAGAUAGGGAAAGAGACAAGGAGUCAUUGGGAGUAGAGAAGACAGGAGAUGAUAAAAAAAAGCUAGAGGUUGAAAAACCAGUGGUGAUGGAGAGAAGAGGUGAGAUAUCAUUGAAGGUAGAGAAAGAAGGAGGGGAAGUGUUAAAGGUAAAAAGGGAAGAGGGGGAGGAAGAAUUAAAGGUAGAAAGAGAGGGAGGUGAGGCAGCACUGAAGGUAGGGAGAGAUGUAAAGGAAACAUUGAAAGUAGAAGGAGGAAGAGGUGAGGAAGCAUUGGAGGUAGAUGGAGAAGGUGGUAAGGAAGCAUUUAAAGUAGAGAGAGGAGGAGAAGAAGCAUUGGAGGUAGAGGGGGAAGGAGGUGAGGAAGCAUUGGUGGUAGAGGAAAAAGGAGGUGAGGAAGUAUUGCUGGUAGAGAAGAAAAGAGAUGAAGAGUUAGAGGCAAUUCAAGAACCAUUGGUGUCAGAGAGAAAAGGAGAGGCAUCAUUGAAGGUGCUGAGAGGAGGUGAGGAAGCACUACAGGCAGAGAAAAAAGGAGAUGAGGAAGCAUUGGAGGCAAAGACUAUGCAAGGUCUGUGUUCAGAGGAAGGUCUGAGUGCAGAAGAACAGAGAGAGUCAGGAGAAGGUACGGAAUGUCAGGCAGAGGAGGUGAGUGAGGCAGAGGCUCCCUUGGAGGCCAUGAAGGAACCAGGACCAGAGGAAGGAUCACAGCCCCAGAAACUGGAAGUCUCCCCAGUGGAGACAGCCAUGAAGCCCCAAACCCCUGCUGAGGGCCACGGCCCCAUGGGGGACACCACACCCGUCCUGGUGGAGACCCCAGCUCCAGAACAGCCCCCUGAGUGCCAGCCACUGCUUCAGGUAGAGGGGCCCAGUGCCCACCCUGUGCCCACCUAUGCACCUGACCGGCAGCCUGAGCCAUCUGCCCCUCCCGAGGGUGAAGAGGCGAGUGGCCCUAAGCAGAAGACGUGCCAGUGUUGUGCGGUUAUGUGAGCCCAAGCCCUCCACCCCAUACCUAGCUCCUCUCACAGCUACCUCGGCCUCUUGGCAUCCAGCAGAGGGUUCCAGGCACAGAAAAGGGCACCACAGAGCUGACCUGUGGCACUUGGGAGCCAGCUGGCCCAAAUAUCCACCUCCACCAGGGCUUCCAGACCCCUUGCCUACUGCCUGUGAUUAUGGCCCCCUUCUGUGACAAAGCCUUUAUACUUGAAAAUAAAACCUUAAA